UUGUUGGUUGCUGUUAAGAAGAGAGUUGAAUCAAAUAUUGUUGUACUAUCUUAACUUCUCUUGAACCUUUUAUUCAUUAUGGGAUCAUCAAAAAAGCACAAGGAAAAGCGUGACAGAAAAAAACACAAGAAAGACCGCUCUCGUUCAAGGGAAAGAAGUUCGGAAAAGAGCCACAAACGAGCCGAGAAAUCGAGUCAUCGAAAAGAAAGACGUAAGAUCCCCGAGGAUGUUCCUGCAGAAUUUGAUGCGAAAAUUGUUGAAAAAAGACGUAAUCGUCAUUCGAGUGAUGAAGAUAGUUCAAGAAGACUUGAACAGCAUGAAAGACGUGAACCUGUGAGAGCACCCUCCCCUGACGAUGAUUUUGACGUAGAUAAAUUGCUUGACUCAAAACUUUCUGAAAACCCCACUGAUUUUGCUGCCAUAAUUGCUAAGCGGAAUGCCAGAAAGCGACGUCGUGAAGAUGCAAUUGAGGAACUCAGAAAGAGACAAAUGUUGAGCACUAGGGAGGACUCAUUGGAACGUUUUGCUACGGAGCAAUUGAUGGAAGAACAUAGUCAGCCAGUUGCCGUAAAGACGGACUAUUCCCCACCAAGCGACAGCACUACGCAUAAAGCUGAAAUUCCAUUUAUAACGGACGUACGGAUCAAGGAAGAACCUCCGGAAGUAGUUGAAGAAAGUACUCCUAUACAUGAAGAGUUCUCUGAACCUCAGUUGAGCCUCAGCAUCAGUGAAACUAAUAAACUUCGUGCCAAGCUAGGUCUUAAACCUUUGGCUGUGUCCAGUAGCAUUCCUGGACUUGAAGAUGAAAACUCAGAAAAGGACGUGAUGAAGAAACCCGCAGAAGUUUUUGUCAAAACAGAAAAUAUAAGUGAGGUGAAAAGGUCUGAAGCCCUUCGAGAGAAGCUUAAAGUAAUAAAGGAAAAAAGAAAGAUUGAGGAAAAACUGAAAAAAACAAAAGGAGUUGCAGACUCGGAUUCGGAGGAUGAAUCGGCUGCUGCUUGGGUAGUCAAGCACCAUAAAAUAUUGCAAGAGAAAGAGAUGGCUGAAAAAAGGGCAAAACUAUUAGAAGAAAUGGAUGCAGAGUUUGGAAUUGGUGCGCUUAUGGAAGAGGAAUUUGACAAGAAAAAGAAUUACACUUCAGACAAUUUGAAGGGGUUGAAGAUCAACCACGAUGUAGGCUCUUUUCAAGAAGGACACCAAAUUAUUCUAACUUUAAGAGAUAAAGGUGUCUUGGAUGAAGAAGAAGACAUGUUAGAAAAUGUAAAUAUUUUGGAUAAUGAAAGGUAUGCUAAGAAUGUUGAGAACAAAAAAAGAAAACCUGAUUAUCGACCAUAUGAAGAACCUGAAUAUGAUGAGUUUGGAAUUCUCAAGAAAAAGAACUUAUUGUCUAAAUAUGAUGAAGAAAUUGAAGGAGAAAAAAAGAAAUUUUUCAAAAUAGGAACUCCAGCGGCUACCAGUUAUGUUAGCAAAGAGCAAGAACUUGAACUAAUACGAAUGAAAUUAAAGCAACAGAAUGAGAUGACUCUCGAAAUGCCACAAAUGAAGUUGGCAAAUGAAUAUCUUACUGCUGAAGAUAUGGUGCAGUUCAAAAAACCAAAGAAAAAGAGGAAAAUUCGAAAAUUGAAGGCAGACGAUCUUUUGCCCGAAAAUUUGGAUGAAGAACGAGAUAUGGGGUCCAGGAGGAAGAAAAGGCCUUAUUCAGAAGAAGAUAACGUCUUUAGUGUCAAAGCAGAUCCAGAUAAAAUUCCAUUAAUUGAUGAUAAUGUUACUGAUGAGACCUUAGAUCUUUCAACUGUGGUUAUUGAUGAAGAUCAGGAUAUAAAAGAACUGAGUAAUGCUUUGAGUAAAGCAAAAAAACUUAAACAAAGAAAUGUAAUGACUACCGCUCCUGAAAAAGUAAUUGAAACUAUUAGAAGUGGAAGUAGUGUGAAAUCCAUGGACAGUAAGGCAGGAAACAUAGAGUUGAAUUCAGUUGCUGAAUUCUGUCGGACUCUGGGUGAAAUUCCUACUUAUGGGAUGUCUGGAAACAGAGAUGAAGAGGCUGAUGACAUGGCUGAUCUUGAGCAAGAACUCUUAGACGAAAGGCAAAAGCAAGAGUUAGAAGCUCAGAAUCGAGGAGCUUGGAAUGAAGUCGACAUUGAUGAAAAACCGGCGGAAAUUUUAAUGAGAGAAAAUGAACCCAUUCUUGAAGAAGAACCUGAUAUUACUUUAGGUAUUGCUGGAGCUUUGAAACUUGCCACAAAGAAAGGUUAUUUAGAUAAAGACUCAAAAAAAGGAGGUAAUGCCCCGAAGACCAGCCAAUUGCAAGCACAGUCCUACACCAUAGAAGAGAAAUUCUAUGAGGAUGAUAAGUUUGGUAAGAGGGACAGGUAUACUGGUCCUGUGCAAGAAUUUAAAGAUAAGAACAAUUAUAAACCAGAUGUGAAAUUAGAAUAUAUCGAUGACAGCGGUAGACUCUUGACAGCAAAAGAAGCAUUUCGUUAUCUUUCUCAUAAAUUUCAUGGCAAAGGUCCUGGCAAGAAUAAAGUAGAUAAGAGAAUGAAGAAAUUGGACCAGGAUACAAGACUAAAGCAGAUGAGUUCCACAGAUACACCUCUAAAUACAGUGAAGUUGCUCCAAGCAAAACAAAAAGAAACACAGUCACCUUAUAUUGUUCUUAGUGGAGGAAAUAAGACUUUAACACAGACUAUGAUAUCAAAGACGAAACCUUUGUAGAAGAAUUUUCCCAUCUUGUAAAAAUUUUCGCCUGUUCAAUAAAUUCAAAAAAUAUUGUUUCGUACUUAA